GCGGAAGCGGGGAGGUGGGGCUAAGCACGGAGCAGGGAACGGAAGAGGCCCUGGCUGCUGGGUGAGGCACGGAGACCGUUUGGCGUAGAGUCUGGGGCCUCCCGGAGCUCAAAGUCCCAGACCCCGAGAAACGCCAAAAGAAACUGAAGGACUUGUUCCGGAGCAGUCGCCGCUGGCUGCUGCUUUCCUGCCCGCGGCCGCGGACGCCUCCACCCCCGCCGCCUGAGGAAACGGUCCUGAGAGGCCUCUAGGCCUAGGCGCGGCCCGCGGAGCCAGACGUGUUGCUGCCCGUGCUGCUGUGAGUAAUACGCGCGCCCUCUCCACAGCCGUUUACAGAUUAAAAUGGAGGAAAUUUCGUUGGCUAACCUGGAUACUAACAAGCUAGAGGCCAUCGCUCAGGAGAUAUACGUAGACCUAAUAGAGGAUUCUUGCUUGGGCUUCUGCUUUGAGGUGCACCGGGCAGUCAAGUGUGGCUACUUCUACCUGGAGUUCGCGGACACUGGCAGUGUGAAGGAUUUUGGCAUUCAGCCAGUGGAAGAUAAAGGAGCGCGCCGCCUCCCGCUCUGCUCCCUUCCUGGAGAAUCUGGGAAUGGGCCUGAACAGCAGCUGCAACGCUCACCUCCGGAAUUCCAGUAGCUGCAACAUGAGAGAGGCCGAGGGUGACCAGGACAGUAACAUAGACCGGUCCUGUGGUCUGGAGAAGUUCGAUAGCUAAGUAAAAAAAAAAAAAAAAGAAAAGAAAAAAAAAUCUGACAAAAGUUCCAAACCCCAUUGAAGAUCUUAGCCUUUAAAUACCCAAAGUGGAGAUUUAAGAAUUUGGAUCCUUUUAUAAGUAGAUUACCUGGGAUCAGCUUUGACACCCUGGGCAGGAGCAGCUGUGUAUCCUGCGCGCCAUGCAAUGCAGCUUGGUCUCUAAACACACCAGAAAGGGCACAAGAUCCCUGUCCUGGCUGUCCCCGGUGCACAGGUGAGCAGCUGUGUGCCCGAGUACAUAAGAUCCUUUGGCUCCUCCGCCUUUCUGUCCUCCUGAUGUCACGGGCUUCCUGGAUAACUGUCACUUUGGACAUAACUGAUGGUCAGGUCUUUAUCUUUGAGACUCAAGGGACUGCUCCUCUCAUCUCUGAGCCUCUGAUUUGGGUUUCUCCAAGACAAAUGAAAGUCAGGCGUGAGAUCUGGAUAUUAACUAUUCCAGUUUGGGAAAACCAAGAAAAAGAAUUCCCAGCCGAAUCGGGUAGGGGAAGCUCUGUGGUCUUGGUUCCAACAAGAAGAAAAGGUCAGAGCCACCAGUUUCCCAAAGGUCCAGCAUUUACAAUGACUUCAACGGACUUGGAGACAAGGGCUAGCCUUUUGCUGAACAGAGCCCUCUUCCUGGCGCCCUACCCAGUGUCAUAGGCUUAGCAAAUGGACAAUUUGGUUAUCCAGGCAGGUUGAGGAUUUAGCUGUAGUCCUUUGGAGAGGUAGCAGGGGCCCCUGCAACUAUGCACGACCUCUCAAAUUGCAAGAUUCCUAUUUGGAUAUAUUCUGUGGACAACAGUUUGGUGGGGCAGUGAUUUUUCCUAUUCUGAGUUACUAGUUACAUAGUCCGUGGGUCUGACUUGGUCAUUAUGCCAGGGGCAAGACUGAACUGUAGAGGGGCACCAUGGCUGUGCAGGAGGCUGUGGUUUGAAAGCUGAGGCCAGAGGCCCUUCUUCCAGCUUCCCUCAAUAAUGUGAAGGGGUUAGUGCUAGGAGCCAAGGAGCAGAACUGGGGUGUCUCACAUCUGACUGCAACAUCCUGUUGAAUGCCCUUGUUCCUUGGGUUGUGCAGUCACAGAGCUCUGCUGCGGUGAACCUCUAAACUGUCACCACCAUCUCUGCCCCUCACAAGGGGCAGCCCUUUCCUCUUGGUCCUCCUUGGACCUUCUUGACUACAGGAGCUGUCCUUUUGUUGUUGAAAGCCAGGGAAGGGCCCCCAGGAAUCCCCAGGCUACAGGAAAUACGAUAGGGGAGGAUGGGAAGUGUGAGCCACAUAGCAAAACUACCCUCCACUUGACUCCCUGAUGAGGGUUUAGGAAAUACAGAGGGGUGGAGCCCCCAGGUGAGUGGGAACGGUGCUGCUUUAUUUGAAAUGUUUUCUUACCUCAUUAUGUGCCCCAGUAAUCUGUCUGGCUUGGCCUCAUGUGUCUGGCUAGGCCCCACAUUCCUGUUUCCUGCUCCACUGCCUGUUGGUGCAUCUCAUGACUCCAGGUGCUGCCUGCCACCUUACUUUCACAUUGACCAGUUUCAGUUCAUCUCUUGAUGCUCCUGCUUCUGAAGCCUGUCCAGUUUCCUUUCCCUUGGUUUCUUUUGAGGUUGUUUUUUUCCCCUUGUUUUUGUGGAAGACUCAGAGAAGAGUCUUUCUUAUGGCUCCCUCUGUUGGGAUUAGGAUGGAAAGAAAAUAUAGUUGUUUGUGAAAGGCAUUGUGAUUGCCCAAGCCCUUCUCCUAUAGGACUGCCUUGCUGAUAUGCCUUCCUGCUGUGUCUUACUUCAUGAGGAGUUAUAUCUUCCCACCUCCGCUUAGAUAUUGCUUCUUAGGUAAGCAGAAGCGCAGUCAAGUCUAAGAGACACACACACAGAUGGAGUGGGUCCUGAUCCAUUUUCUCUAUCCGUGACUGUGCAUGUAUCGUUCCUUAUCCCAGAAGGAACUGUUUGGACUCUGGACUGAUUUGGGUUACAUACUUUAGAAGAUGCAGGAAACCAUAGUAAUAGGGCCUCAAGACUGUCUAUUAUUGCAUUUUCCCCCUAGAGUUGCCCUGGUCAGUUUUGGGACCUAGUUAUAGAGUGGUCCUGAAGAAUUGUGAUAACUUUAAAAUGUCGAACUUUGGCAAGAACUAAGACAAUUUUGGGUUAUCUGCCCUUGACUUUUUAUAGGCAUCUCAUUCAAAGGGGAUGCAGAGGGAAAAGAGGGUCUAAGUGAGACACUGGCCUACUUCCAAAUAAUGUCUGGGAAACAGGCUGAAGGUAAGGCCGUGGUCCACUCUUCGUCAGAGAGGGAGCUCCGAUUGUGACAUUACCAUCUCCUUUCUGGCCUUUGCUCCUAGUGGAGGAGGAAGAAGUGGGAAGUAGUUUUGUGUAAUGGUUGGUUCAUAUUACCUCCCUCUUGGUUUUUGUUUUUUGCUCCCCACUGUUAGAGCAGUAGCCCCCUACCCUGGAUGGGUAUGAGGUGGGCUGGGGACAAACUAACUCCUUUCAUUUUGGGGGGAGAGAAUGCUCCCUACCAUAUAGUUGGCAGUGGUUAGGAAUUCUCCAGUUCCCUACCUAUCCUCCCUCUGACAGCAGAAUUCCUAUCCUCCCCUCCUCUAUUAAAUGUAUUUAUCACCCUGUAAUUAUAUUAUGUAUCUGAGUGUGUGUGCGUGUGUAUGGGGGGAAAGGGAUUCUUUACAAAUUUUCUGUGGUUUGUGGCUUUUUCUUUCAUGUAUUAGUUCUUACCACCGCAUGCCCAGUAACGCAUGCUGGGAUCUUUGGGAAAGUAUAGUGAAACCCAUCCCUGUACUUUGUUUUGGAGAUUCUUAUUUUUGCAUAAGUAGUCUAUCCUAUACAGAUUGCUAACUGUGUAUUCCCCUUGCCUCUGUGGCUGCUGGUGUAAAUAAAUUGCAUCUCCCCAUUGGUAAACAGUAAUAAUAAACACAAUUUUAAAAAAUGAACUGUA